AUGGAUGGCCUCACGUAUUUCAACCUGGACGGUGACAAGCCCGCGUUCUCCCCGGUGCAUGCUGCUAUACAACAGGCCCCGGAUUUCCACAUUAUGUGUAAUCCUCUCUGCAAACUUCUAAACCACCUUCACCACCACGCCAGUCACAUGGAAGGCGAGACUUUCGAGCUAGAGGUCGUCCUCAUAGAAGCAACGCAGAGGCGGCAGGAGCUCGUGGGCAGGAAAACAUCGCGCCCGAUCUUCUUUGGCGCGGAAGGCGCCUUUGUCCACCUCGGGCCCCAGGGAUGGGUGCUUGCAAAGCGCUACAAGGAGGUAUUGACGCUCGUCAAGCGGACCAAGGAGGUGGGAUUGACGGCGACAAAAUCUGAGGCAGAUUGGAUGCCGGGCUGGUCCUACAAUGUCACAGACGAAGAUAUGUGA